CCCUUCCGAAAUGAGGCGAGCUUGGGCGGCGGGGCUGCCGCUUCGGUCAGCUAUGGUUCGCCGCCUCACGCCCCAGUCGCCCAUCUCCACUUCGACCCUUCCCCCUCCGCUAAAACCCUCGGCCGCCCUCACCGAAGACGAGGUCGCCGAGAUCCGCAGCCUCGUCCCCCGCCUCUGCGACGCCGACCGCCACGAUGCCGCCGUCCGGCUCCUCACCACCGCCCUCCUCACCGACACUCCGAUCGAUGUCCUCCCGAUCGCCGUCCUCGCCGAACGCGUUUCCUCGCUACCCGAUAUGGUCGCUGCUAUGUCCUUCCUCACC